AUGGCUCUCCGCACAUCCCUAUCCCGACCAGUUCCUCUACUCGCAACCCUAACAGCCAGCGCAAUUGGAGUCAGCAUCCUUUCCAAAAUGAUGUUUAGCACAGCAUCUGCAGAGUCACCUUCUCCUCAAAAGAUCUUUAGCGGCGCAUUUGCUUCGGUCAAGUUGCCGUUGCAUAGUUCCGAGUAUGAGUCUCACGAUACAAAAAGGCUGCGGUUCAAGCUGCCACAGGAAACUGCCGUCACGGGACUUCCAUUAGCGUACCUCGUCCAUAUACCCCCAUCUCACCACCAGAGGGACCUAACAACCCCAGAUGAACCAGGAUACAUGGACCUCCUCGUCAAGAAAUACCCCAAAGGCCAAGGCAGCACCUAUCUCCACUCCCUCCAACCAGGCGACACACUCUCCUUCACAUCACUCCCCCUAAAACCAGCAUGGAAGACCAACAACUUCCCCCACAUAACCCUCAUAGCAGGAGGCUGCGGUAUAACACCACUCUUCAAUCUCGCCCAGGGCAUUCUUCGCGACCCUGCAGAAAAGACACGCAUGACGUUCAUCUUUGGAGCGAGAUCUGAUGAGGAUGUUUUGCUAAAGAAGGAGCUUGAUGGCUUCGCGAAGGAGUUUCCUGAGAGGUUUGAAGUCAAGUAUACUGCGUUGUUGGAAGAGGUGCUUGGGGGUGUGGGGAGGGAUACAAAGGUUUUUGUGUGUGGACCUAAGGAGAUGGAGAAGGCACUUGUUGGAGGAAGGGGAGUUUUGAAAGAGAUUGGGUUUGAGAAGAGUCAGAUCCAUACGUUUUAA